ACUUUCGCGCGUUUUCCGCGACGGACGCAUUUCCACGCGAUUCAUCUUUCUGUUUUGGCUAUUUUCUCGAUCGAACGUUGAGCUGGCGACUACUGACUUUCGUUUUUCCUUUCGGUAUUUUCAAGAUCACAGUGAAACGCGAAUCGCAUUGAUUUUUUUUGUCGAAUUUGAUUUUGAGUGCGUGUGUAUGGACGUAAGUGUGAGUUCAAUUAAACUAAAGCGAUCCCUCCAGUAAAUCUGCCAUCAUCCGAUUAAGUGAAACCGCACGUAUAUGAUCGCAACUGAGCUAACAGGUAGUGAUCCGACUGUGUUGAGGAAAUCGAUCCCAUCCCAUCAACAUAUACCUAGCUGGUUGAGGCGUAGUGUACUACCGGAAGCGUAAACGAUGCGUGAUAUUUUCAAAUCAAUCAUUAUACUGCACAGAGGUUCCGUUUGUAAUUCAUAGUGCAGCUGAACGGGUCAUAAAUCUUAACCAAGAGGAAACCUCAGCGGAGGUCAUUAAGCAGUGAGAAGACAAGGAAAGUUACAGAAUUACACAUCUGUGAAAAUUUAUCCAUUUUUCUGUACCAGAAAAUUCCGCCUCAUCAUACAACCUGUGCGUGUGUGUGUGUUUGUGGAACCGUAUGUUUGAACAAGUAAAGACGGAGUCAAAUUUGAAAAUUUACGACUUUGAUGACCAGACCAACAACAGAAGAAAGGAAAUUUCAAAUGAGAAAAUAACUUUGACCUCGUCAAGAGGUGGUGAAAAGUGAAAAGUGGCCUUUAGGCAACAGGGGAACAUUGCUCGUCCAUCGAUAGCGGUAGAGUAGAGGUGAAGCGACAACUGAGCGAGCCAACAUGAUCAAGGUCGACGAAAACUAUCCCGCGCAAGAUCUGGCCCCGGCGUUUCCCUUCCGACAAGUUCAGCUCAAACAGGACGUCGAUCCACGGCAGCAGUUCGACAUUCUGCCCGAGCUAGGCCGGGGCACCUUCGGCACAGUUUUCCUCUGCCGGGAGCGUGGUACCGAUUUGGAGCUGGCGGCGAAAAUUGUGCCCUGCAAGAAGAAAAAAGAACGCGCCGAUGCUAUCCGGGAGAUUGACAUCAUGAGCUGUCUGCACCAUCCCCGGCUAAUACAACUGUACGAUGCAUUCGACUACGAAAAUAAAGUAUAUGUGAUACUAGAACUAGUCCAAGGCGGUGAACUGUUUGAACGCGUUAUAGACGACGACUUUGUGCUGACUGAGAAAGCGUGCGCCGUGUUUAUGAGGCAAAUCUGUGAGGGUAUGGAAUAUAUUCACAGUCGGAACAUAAUUCAUCUGGAUAUGAAGCCAGAGAAUAUUCUAUGCCUAACAAAGACUGGGAACCGGAUAAAGAUAAUAGACUUUGGAUUCGCCAGACGAUAUGAUCCAGAUAAGAAGCUACAAGUUAUGUUCGGUACAACCGAAUUCACAGCCCCCGAAGUACUGAAUUACGAUGAAAUCUAUUUCUACACGGACAUGUGGAGUUUAGGUGUAAUUUGUUAUGUUUUGUUGUCGGGGCUGUCACCGUUCGUGGGCGACAACGACAUGGCCACGAUGAACAACGUCCUGCAGGGUCAGUACUCGUUCAAGUACAGUUCCUUCGAUGCCGUUUCCGAGGACGCCAAAGACUUUGUCCGCAAGCUGCUGGUGCGCGACGGGUCCAAGCGGCUUACGGCCAAACAAGCCCUCAAGCACAGGUGGCUCACGGCAACGGCUCAAAACACGACCGAAUUGUCCAUAACAAAAACAAAAUUGAAACGUUAUGUUAUUAAGAAGCGGUGGAUCAAAGCGGUCAACACGAUCAUUGCCUUGCGGCGGAUGGGAGCCAGGAUCGAUUUCGAUCUGAUAUAGGUACAUACAUUGCGUAGGUAGCGACGGGUUCGCCGGCACGACGAAGACGGGUAACGGUUAAGAGGGAAGCAAGAAAACGCUUGACGAGAAUUAAAAAUCGAGCUUUUAGGUAGUGUUUAUCGUGUUCGUAAUUAAGAGUACACUUCUCAAUUAUGUAUAUAUAAUACCGUAUGCGUGAUAUUGGUUACACCCUUGCACAGUGAUUCGGAAUGUAAAUUUAGCAAGAAUUUUACGUUUUGCUGAAACUAAAUAAUUUAGCCUUCUAAUAUGUUUAGGACAGUUGUUGUAUUUUGUAAGGCCGUUCUUUCAGUUUAAAAAGAAACUGGGUGGUUCAAAUUUUAUCAAGAUCUAAAAUUGAACUAUUUAACGGUUUGAGAUAGACAAAUUUGCUGAAGACAUGCAGUUCGAUAUUUCAUACUUCCAAUUCCACGAAAAAUCCAAAUGUAAAUUUUAGGGUGUUCCUUGAAAAACAGUUUUAUCAAUAUAAAUUUUGUAGCGUGAAGUAAAUUUUUUGGACAACUUGUAGAUUGUUUUAGGGCGCAUGAUUUGUUUCUACAUACCAACUAAUGAACUAUUUUAUUUAUUUAUUUAAAGGUUUUAAUCUCGAAGGUCAUUCGCAUUGCGAGAAUGAAAUGUGGUAAUUGACAUCGCAUUAUAUACAUUUAUAAAUGAUUGUGUUGUUGAAUAUGUGUGUUUGCUGUUGUGUUUUUCCCGGAGAAACGGAAAGAAGAUCAAAAAGCCCCGCCUUCUUAACAAAGGACAGUAGAACUCUCCUCUCGGACAGGGUCGUUGGCGAGGAUCUCACUGAUGGAGUGCGGUAGAUUAUAGUGCUGCCGGAGGUCGCCGAAGUUCGGACAGUCCAUUAACAUAUGUUCCACCGUGGUUCGAAUUCCGCAUGUAACACAUCUUGGUAGAGGGAGACGCGAUACGGUGUGGACAUGGGAUACUUUCGUACGACCAACUCUAAGCAGCGAUAGUACUCGCUGUUCUCUUCUAUCGAUCCGGUCUAUCCGGCGAUCGAGCGAACCUUUGAUGCACUUGAGGUGUCCGGUAUUACUGCGCCAAUGACACACGAACGUUUCAGCUAUCUUUGACUUCAACUUACCUAAAAUAUCUGCCACCGGGUCAAGUCUGGGGAGAUGUCGGCGGGCGUGUUUCUCUCUGGCCGCCAAGCGCUCAACGCUUACAUUGUCGACGAUACUACAGUGACCGGGGAUCCAGCAAAUUGUUGUAAGUGGGUCAUACUCGGCCUCGAUAGCCUGGAUGAAGGAGUGGCGGGGAUUCCACAACUUAAGGGCGGAGAUGACUGUCAGAGAAUCCGACAGUAAAACGAAGGGUGUAUCUUCCGAUUUAUGAAUCAUGGCGAGUGCGAUAUCUGACGCCUCGACGGAGAAAUCCGAGCAUGGCGCUGGGAGGUGGAAGGAGAGCGUCGCUGUUGUGCUAUCUUAUGACAAACGCCAUUUCGGGGUAAACUGAGUUAGAUAUGCCACAUUACUCGUCUAACGAAUGUCUACAAGAUGGCGUUUCCAGAAUUUUGAAAUUUCGCUUGGUUACUGAAAUAUAGCUAGAAAAGUGAUAGGAAAUUGUGAGUUUUUUGCUUCAAAUCAUUAAAUCUUGGGAUUGGCUUAAGAUAUAAUGAAGUUUUAGUUUCUUUUAUGUGUAAAAAGGUCGUAGGAACACAAUGGCAUAAUAAUUUUCAAAAGAAAAAUACAUGUAUUAAGAGAAAAACGCAGUUUUGGCUUUAAACUGGAAAUAUUGCGUAUUUGGCAACACUGUACCCAAAAAUAACUAUCUGUUCUAGAUUCCCUGACUCAUUUCCUUCAAAAUGCAUCUAACCGAUUGUUUAUAGACCAAAUUUAACCAAAGGUAUGAAUAAAAGUUCAUAAUUGGUGAUAUUUUUCUAUGGAAAAUUUUUCGUGUGCUUUUAUGACGCGUCAUACAAUUUUUUUCAUCAAUACACACCUAUGACACGUGCGAGUGCGACUUUUGUUUACAUUUUUAGUGACAACUCGCAACAUAGUCAACCGAUCUUCGUAAUAUUUGAGAGAUUUAUACAGAAUAGGUAGAAGCAUCAAUUGUCUUCUCUGAAUUGUUUCUACCAUUUAUUAGUUCCAAGAUAUUCAAUCUCAAACUUUAAAAAUCGUUUUUCUCGAAAUGUGCAAAAUGGCGUGGUUCCGAUGGUGAGUGCAGCCGCCUAACAAAGGUGGAGAAUCCCCUUCCAUGAAGGUUGCCUCGGCUGGCGUACUGGGUAGAAGCAGCUCGAAUUGUACCGUGGGCUGUAGUGGGCUUAAAAUGUUGAUAAACCCUUCCAUAUUGCAGGGCGUCAGAUCUACACCGUAGAAUAUCUUGCUGUGGACUAGCACCUGUCUACUGUUCAAUGCAGUGCGACGACUGCAGCGCUUGUGCCGGAAACUGAUUGUUCUAAUAAGUCGCAACCGGCUGCGGCAGUCGGCUUUGAUCCGUCAGAAGUGUGGUGCGAAAAUGAACCGACGGUUAUCCCCAGAAUCUUCGGUUCCUUACGGUAAAGAACGACAGCCCCGUCCAGCAGGAACGGCCUCCCUGUUACAAUGCGGUGUAUGUUGCAGCAGUGUGUAAUCACGCUUUUAGCCGGUGCCGCCCAUCGGCUCACUGCCCAUACGGCGGCUAAAAGUUUACGACGAGUUCGUCCGAUGGUCCUUCCUAUAGCGACCAGCACGAUGCCAUCGGCAUCGACGACAGGCUGACGAACAAAAAAUCCAUGGCCACCAAGAACAUACUAGUGGCGAGAAACGAUCCCUGGGGACCCCUUUGUCCUCCGGCAAGGUGUCGGAUUGGGCACCCCCGAAGCGACCCAUGUGUCCGAUGAUCCCCCGGUUGGCCAGCUGUUGCAGUACACCGUGACGCCACAUGGUAUUAUGUGCCUUCGCAACGAUGAGUAUUGCGAUCGGUUACGGAUUGGCUGAUACGCCGAAGCUGUCCAAGUAGGCACUGGUUCCUGCCUCCAGUAGGUCCAUCAACCAUCUGUUCACUCCAUCGUCUUAGUAAAGCAGGGGAGUAAACAGAUUGGGCGGAAAUCAUCAGACGUUGACAUCGAUUUGGGAUUGGGAUUACGUGGGAUUACUUGGGUUUCCUUCCAUCUCUCACUUGGCUAACGGCGGAGAAUGUUGUAGUAGAGGGUAACCUACGUCAUCCAAUCCGGUAGAUUGCCGUGUACCGUGAAGCUGGGAGGGCGAUGCCUGCAGACAGAGAAGCAAAGUGCAUGUCUAGCUCGUCACCGAUGGUCGUGGGAUCGAUCGUCGUGCACCCUUUAACGGCAAUGGCUUAGCCACUGUCCUGCCGCUUUCCGCUUAGAGCGUUAGCUCUCCACUAGAGCUCUGAAGUCAAAGAGUCUGGGGAUAUACCAUCCAAAAAUCUGCUACAGCUGGUGUUUUUGCCUCUUCUGUUGCUUUCCUGGUCUCGCUUCUAGCUUUUCUGAAGUCAUCAGCUUUGGUGGCUUUGGUGUGGGUCUUCCGCAGAAGUCUUCUUCAGUGCCCGCAGCGCAGUUCAAUGUACCCUGAUAACUCUCUCGACCUCUGGGCCCCACCAGUACACUGCCUGUCGGAAAGGAUUACCAGUUGUCCUGGGAAUGCAGGGUACAGCAGCUCUAUUGCAAAUUUUGGGUAGUUCGUCAGGGGUGUUUGACUCGUCCCAUUUUAUAAGGUUGAGAACGACAGCGUCGUUGUUUUCGAAUACUCCGACGAUAUCGUUUCCUGUCCAAUUGUACAGACGCCAUGCCGCACAGAGGAGUAACUGGGGCCGAAUCCUGGCCAAAACUAUUUUUGCGGCUAUUGCUGUUAUUAUGCCUUAAUAUGAACUAAAAAUAGAAAAUAACUAGUUUUUGGGACAAUUUGGCAUCUAUCCACCUACCAGUGCAGAGGUCAUUUUUCUAGAUCCUUCCGAAUACUAGUAUUUUCGAGGUGAUCUUUGUGAAUACAUUUGUUUUUUCCGAUACAUGAACAGUUGGUCAGUGGAACAGGGAGAAGAAAAGGGAUACCUGUGCACAUAUUCAUAGAUAUACAUUUUGCCAAACAUAGUAUUUGGCCCUACAGCAUUUUGGCGUACCUAAAAUUAGUGGAAAUACCAAUAUUUUCAAGUCGCUUGGAAUUUGUGGAUCGGAAAAGAUCGGAAGAGAUAUAAUGUUUUUCGGAUAGCCGGAAUCUUGUUUCGUAAUGUUGUUUCAGCAACUUUUUUGUCGUUGAAAAUUAGGAAUAAAAUGCUGGUCCAAUACACAAAAACACUACUAUUUUCGGUUAUUUUUAAGCUGAGGUUUUUUAAUACAAACAUCAUUAUCAGAAAGCGAUUUUGCUGGAUAUAUAAUAAAAAAUGAUUAAAAACUCAUUAAAAUAUCACCAUUUUGCAUCCAUGCAAAAAUUAUUUAGCAAUUUUUGGCACACUCUUUAUUUUGUCACAAUAUGCAGUAUGCUCUUAGGUAUCUUAAAAAAAUAUAACUAAACAAAAAAUUUGGAAAAAAAAAUUUUUUUUUGGUUAUUGGCUAAGAAUUUGUUAUAGUUACUCCUCUGUGUGCCGUAUGGUGUCCAUUUACAUGGGGAACCACUUGGUCGAUGAUCCGGUGAAGUUUGCAACCCAUAUUCCGAGUCGGUCAGGUGGACCCGAAUCAAACUCACCAUCCGGUAGAUAUUAUCCCCGUUGGCGGCGUCCCAUGAACACUGGCAUCCAAACCAUGAUGGCGGAGUCGUCUUAUCCCGAAUGUAGCUCCAGACGGAUGAGCUGAGUCUUAGCAAUGGUCUUCUGCAGGUCUCCAAGGCAUCCUCGAAGGCCAUUUGUGUUCCAAUGCUCCCGUAUUGACAGAGAUCAAUUUGCCACUGCUGUUGGGUAUGGGACAGUUUGCUGAGUACUUGUGGGCUGUAAACCUUUCUAGCAGUGGUACCUAUGGGCGAAAAUUUGCAGACGGAUGGAUUUUGAUCGGGCUUGAGUGUACAGGUACUGACACCCGGACCUCCCACACCAGCAACCGUCGGGGGAGUAUAGCUGUAAGUCGGAACAUCCACUGGUUUCCUGGAUGGUCUAAAAAUUACCGGGUGCCAACAGCAACCGGGCUGAGGUCUCAUCGUGCUUGUUGCUGUUGGUGAGUAAACGUUUCCCGGCUAAAAGUUCUUUGCGGUGGUCCAUCGGGUGCGGGGAUAUCGGGAGACCUCAACCGGUUCUCGUUGCAGUGGUGUUGUUUGCUUGCUUUUCCUAAUUCCGGUCUCACAGGGAGAUCGCCGCUCUGUGGCCCAGCAAGAUGCGGCGGGCUUGAGGCGGUCGUGGUUCCGUCGUUUAGAAUUGCUGUGUGGGUGGAUUUUCUGGAUUCCUGUCUGGUUGGUCUAUAGUGGGUGGUGAAUGGAUAAGAUGAAUGCUAAUGGGGAUGUUAAUGGUGCUUCCCUAUAGGAGCUCCAAUGGUCCUGUUUCAACACGCGGUGCAUCAAACUUCUCCAGUCAGGCUCGACACAGGCAGGCUUUGUUUCAUGUUUCUGUUGAGUUUGUCCAUUUUAUUGGCAUCCCAAGUUGCUGUAGUCGUUGUAGAGCUAGUCGGACACUAUGUAGAACACUCGGGGCAUGGAGUUUUGUGGUGUUUCGCUGUUCGAGAUGUUCAAAUGUCCGAGUGAUUAAGGGAAGGUUGUUGCGGAUAUUCGCUCGGGUUGUUCGUUGUGUUUUUGGUGGUGAUGGCUUUGUGUUGUUUCUAAUACCGCUUCUGGAUUUAUCCCCGUUACCUGCUCGGCUAAGGUUUCUUUACUACUUUCUUAUGUCACGAAGUCCGGGGUCCCACUGUUGUUUCGCGGUUAUUAGGUCACAUUCGGUCGAUAUCGUGGUGGUCGUGUUUGGUUUGCUGGUGUUUCCUUGCUCUGCUUUUGCUGUAAUGUUAGCUCCGCUUGUUUCGUUUGCUGCCUUGUAGAGAUCUUGUUCGCCGAUUCUGAGCUGGCGAAGAGCCUCGCGGAGCUUAAUAAGCCCCGCCUUCAGCCUAGCGAUAGUGGAAUCUUUUUCGUCGUCUUUCGGUUUCGUGCGUUUCGGUUUGUUCGGCGUAACUAGGUCCACUACUCAUAACAUAUCAACGAUAUAAGCGACCGAAAAUAAAAGUCACAAGGAUAGAACAUACUUCGCAAAACACGUUUCAACCAUAUUAGAGUAUAAAAAUCGCAAAAAAACUUCAAGCAUAAAAAUCGGACAGAAAUCCUACAGUAUAAGAAUCACUUAAAAAGUUCUCACCCGUAAAAUUCGGCAAGAAUGAACCUCCAGUAUAAAAAUCGGCUAAUAAUAAUUAAAUCACUCGUAGGAGCAUCCGUAUAUCUUGAUGUUUAAGAUUAAAAGUCAGCUAUCAAAUUCUACUUUGUAGGAAUCGGAUAUAUUUUUUUAUUGAAGGUUUUCUAUUCUCUUACAAAUAAAAAUGACAAAUAAGCUCUACAUGUCUUCAUGUCUUCAACAAACUUUUUCUUCAUGUCUUCAACAAACUCUUUUAAAAUUAGUCGUUCUACAACGAAAGUAGUAUGGAUCUAUCUAGAAUGAUAAAAAAACUGAUCUUGGUACAAUUUUAACCACCCUAGCUGUUGUUUCAUAAAAAGCAGAGGAUUACAAACUACGGCAAUUUUUCCAAAGGCAUAAUAAGAGAAAGGUUCUGCUAAAUUUGCAUUCUGCACUGCUGUGCAUUGGGCAGUGCAAAUAUAAAAAAAUCUAGAAAAUUUCUCUUUCCACUUACCACGAUUGAAAUAUCCCUUUGUGACAUUUGCGCGCGUGACAAAUUACUUAUACGCAGCAAAGGCGAAAUCGAAGUCGCCAUGAUACAUCUCAAACUAAGAAAAACGUUUUCUUAUUGGUAUGAGUUAUAGCUUAAUAUGUAAGCAAUUAUGUAAAAAGGCAAGGUGUUGUAUGAAUAGGUAGUAAAAGAUCCUUAUUUGUAUAAUGAUGCAAAAAAUAUCAAACAUACGGUACAUAUGUUCGAUUUGUUAACAUAGUACGUGACGCACAACAUACUUUCAACAGCUGUCGAUAAAUGGUGAGAAAAUAAAUUGUUUACUACAUACCUUGUAUACUUAAUAGUUUACGAUAUUUAGAACACAGCGGUCUUUUUAAACUAUUGAUUCCUGCUUUUAUUCAAAGUACAAAUCAACACCCUUGAUUAUCGUUCAAAUCAGUGGGAAAGUACGUUUGGAAAAAAUGGCUAUGGAUUUUUGCCGAUAUUGUCGCUGGUUGUUUUAGGGGGAGGUUCUUAUUCAAAAUUUUCAAAUAUUUUUUUUUCUUUGCAUUUUUUGAAAGGUGUAAGUGUCUACUAUAUUGUGUAAAAUGGGGUUUUCGAUCCGUUCCAAAAAGUUUCUACAGCCCAUAGUUCAAAGCGGCGUCCUGGCUGUCGUGGGACGCUCUCAAAUCAAGACGCGCGCCCCAGGUAGAAUCCUUUUCAUGGCAUUAUGCAUGCAAUCAGAAUGCUUCUCAUUGCACUGGAUAUUUGUAUAGGUCUCGAGAACCUAUUUCACAGCUUGAUCUUGUAACAGGAGGAGGGGUUGACGACGUACUCAAACGAAUACAACCUUCACUUAAGCACCAGGCAAGCACUAGUCUUGCCGUGAAGGAGCGAGGUUUGUUCUUUAUAAGUGAUCCCGGCUGGGAGAUCUCAAGGUGAGUUUUUUUACGACUACUAACAACCACGACCGAAACAUCUGUGUAACUACGAAACCAAAAGAAUGAUCAUGUAAAAACUUUCGUUACAACCUGUAGUAUGGAUUGGUUACCACUAUGGGAUUCCCUCUCAAGAGCCUAUUCUAACGUUCCAAUACCGAUAUCACGAAAAAACCGACUCUAUGGAACUACGAACAAUAUAAUUGCAACUUAUCGUCUAAGGUUAGUAAAUGUACAUUUUCGAAAUAUACGCUACUUGCUCAAAAUUCCAUGCGCAUUCUCAUCCAUCAGCUCAUCCCUCGGCAGUUGAUAUGCACCGGUGCAACUGCUCCCUACAUCAGCAUGCAAUUAAAAUGUUCGACUCUGCUCUCAUGUCCAAGCUAGACUAGUGAUUUCCUCUCGUGGAACUUCCAAUUGAGCGACCGGAAAUAAAAAUCGCAAGGAUAGAACAUGCUUCGCAAAACCCGUUCCAAACAUAUUUAAAUAUAAAAAUCGAAAAUAAACUUCAAGCAUAAAAAUCAGACAGAAAUUCUUCAGCAUAAGAAUUGCUUAAAAAGUUUUCAUCCAAGGCAAGGAUGAACCAUCAGUAUAAAAAUCGUUUUAAAAUAAAUAAAUCGCUCGUAGGAGCAUCCGUAUAUAUUGAUGUUCAAAAAAGUCAGCUAAAAAAAGCUACUUUGUAAGAAUCGGAUAUAUUUCUAUCCGGUUCUUUUACUGAAGGUUUUUUAUCCGACUUUUACAAAGAAAUGUCCCAAUCCGAUUUUUAUGCUUGAAGUUUAUAUCCGGUUUUUGUAUUCUAAUAUAUUGGAAACGGGUUUUACGAAGCAUAUUCUGUCCUUGCGACUUUUAUUUUCGGUCGCUCAAUUUAUCCUGUACACCAACAAAGUGUAGUGAAAUCGCUCUGUCUGGUGUAGCAUCUAGUGCUCAUGGGAGACUUUCGAGGGGCUUCUAGUACGAUCGACCCCGUUGCUCGUGCCCUAAGGUGACACCUUCGAUCGAAGGAGAAACUAUCAAAUCUAGUGGAUGUUUAGAAAUCGGCGAAAAAAGAAAAAUUUUGAUCAAAACUGUUAAAAUUACAUUUUAGUCCGCCAAAUUGGAAUAGCCAUUUUUAUUUUUUUUAUUAACUCAAAUUCGUGUUUGUAAAUAACAAAACCUUUUUUUUCCAUUUUGGCUGAUAUACCAUUUAUUUUUAUUGGGAGUCCGCCAUGUUGAAUCGGCUAUUUAGAAUUGCAAAAAAAACGGACUUCAAAUUCGUAAUCAGCGAUGUUCAAAACCCAUAAUUCCAUGUAAUUGUUACAAAAUAUUGCCAUUUCACAACGAAUAAUUCAUCGAAAGCUUUCUCAAAACUUUAAACGCGUUUAACUCAAAACUUGAUUUUUCAAAACAGCGUACAAUCUCAUUCGAAAACAGUUCAAUUAAAAGACUUCAUAUUUUGAACUUUCGAAAACAAAUUUCAUUGGAGGAAUGACCUAUAAAAUCUGCUACUUCUUUGCAUUCACUAUUUUUAAUGAAGCCUUAAAGUGGCUAAAAGUCGAUCUCAAAGUUUGAGAUUGCACUAAUACGUCAAAUUUGAAGUUUUUUACCCGUUCAUAUGUCAUCCGACCAAUAAAUUUAGUUUACUAUAGAGUCUUAUUAUUAGUUUUGUGUUGUAGAUCGACCCUGAGGCAGCAGGCUGUAAGCACGCCAGAACGGAACCACGGGUACCAUCUUGUUUUUUUCGUCAUGAAAAAAUAUGUAAAUAAAGACGAAACUUUUUUGAAUCCUAAAACUGUUUCCUUUUAUGUUUUUUCAUUGGCCAACUACAGAAGUCUAAAUUUUGCUUACAUUUUGCUCAUUUGAAUGAGAACCCCCUUAAUUGAAAUAACUUAUUGUUUGUAUGUUACUAAAAAGUCAACAAAAUCGAUACAGUGCAACAAACCGUUUUUGUUAUAGAACAACAUUAAAGUAUUUUCAUCAGCUGAAAGUUUUAGCAAUUUAAUAUACUGAAACUUCAUCAAUUUGAAUUUAAUCUAUUUGACACUUUGCUGAAAAUUCAGAAAUUCAAAUUGUCAAAUUGACAGCGCGAGUACAGAAUUCACAGAUAUCCAGCCUGAAGUACUGUGAAAUUGAUGAUUGCGCUGUAAAUUUGACAAUCUCAAUUGCUGAUUUUCGGCAAAAAGAAUCUGUGAAAUGGAUUCAAUACAAAUUGCUGAAAUUUCGUAUUCUUAGAUUACUAAAACUUUCAGCUGAUGAAAAUUCAGCAAAUUUUUGCUGACUUUCGGCGAAGAAAAUUUGGUAUGGUACGUACGCAAGGGUUCAAACCCCCUCCCCCUCCCAUUAGGGGUUUUGAUUUACUUUUAAAAAUUUAUUAACUUCCUGUUCAGGAAAACAAUAUACUGCAAACCGUUUUGACACAUAAAUGAGUUCGGUCACUCUAGAAACAAGUCAAUGAAGAAACCAAUGACGAAACUUUGCGAGGGUGGCUGGAAAGGUAUGUAUGUCAAGUUGGACAGCUUCUCUGAAGGAUCGGUUCACGUUUCGACAAGCUUCGAUAUUAGCAACAGUAGGGGAGAGUGGGUACGCUUGAUCCCACUUUUGUUUUUUCUUAUAACUUUUCAAUGAAAUAAAAAUUUUAAUUGCAAAAUUUGCCAUCAAUUCGAAUUGUAAGAGCUAUGAAUAAUGUGUAAAUCAGAAUACUAUGUUCUGGCAGUAAUAUGAUCAGUUUUGAAAAUCAUGCCAAAACGAGGUUUUUGUAAAAACGUGUGGUAACUUGAUCCCCCGCCUACUAGGGCUAUAGAAACAAAGCACACUAUGACCUAUAGACACGAAAGUUAAGCUAAUCACCUAUCCUGACAAAUUAAUUAAAAAGACUACCUUUUUAGAUGCACGACAAACUUUAACCACAGUAGAAAGUCAAGACAACCUUCAAUAACUUAUACCAUGAUUUUUCACGAAAAAAAAACAUUUUAGAUCAGUGCCAGGCACUUUAUAAAAAUGAUGUUUUUCUAUUUCUAUACAUUUCGAAAGUGUUUGAGAGAACUAAUGAUAAGGAGUGUUACAGGGAUCAAAGAAACCUGUUGUAUAAGGUGAACAAAAUUUAAUUUUUUUUGUACGUGUUGUCAAAAUUUUUUAUUCAAAAACCGUGUUUUCUCGAUAAAAGUCCUUAGAAAGUAAUCGUACAUGAAAAUAUUCAUAAAUAAUUAGUUCGACGAUCUAAUACAACCGUUCAAAAAAUGUAAAAAGACCUUCAAGAUAGAUUUAAACAAAUAUUUUCUAAAAUAUUACACAACUUUUCCAAAACAAAUUUAAUACAUCAGAUUUGUUUUUUAAACAUCAUAAACUAGCAAAUAUUUCAUUUUCUUUUUAUAUUGUGAUAACUUUAUGCGUAUAGAUUAUGAGAUAUGACCAGACAUCAAAUAUCCUCAAAGAUCAAGUGUCCUCACUCUCCCCUAGUGAGUAGACAGCAGAUAUCGGUCAGCGGGCUAGCAACGGCAACUUAGGAGGAAAAACGCGAAGUUGGAGAAAAUCGGGUCAGCGGGCUAGCAAUGGCAGCUAAGGAGGAAAAACACGAAGUUGGAGAAAAUCGGGAUAUCGUUGUCUAGAGAAAUUUUACCGCCGAUGAUUAUUCCGUUGGAUCGGCAGCGAAAUGGACCGCGAAAAUGGGCAUCGUUAUAGGGUGAAAUACCGCCGCCGAGAAGUUCUCAGCACCAGCUAGCAGAUAAAUAGGAACGACUAGCACCAAGAAGGAUCAGAAGCCCUGCGAAGGUGGCUGUAAACAGUUGUCCUUAUGGUCGACACCUCCGGAUCGGUUCAUGUCUCAACAGGUGACGAUAUUUGCAGCAGACCUGGGCAGGUCAGAUGUAUAGCGAAGAUUGGACAGCAAGUAAGGAAAAGUAGCUAUGGAUAAAAAUUAAUCGUCAUGUUUUUAUCCAUAGCUACAAAACAAAAUAAGUAAGAACACAAAUCAGUACUUAACGGCCGCCCCGGAUGAAUGAGGAUUGCGAGAAACAAGAGGUUAAGGUUUAGUCGGUUGGCUUAACAACUACUAUAAACCAAUCCGAAUCCAUCACGAGCCAGCAGGCAGCGCACAGUGGUCGGAAAUACCAAAAACGUGAAAUUAAUUCACUAGAGGCCAAACCGUCGAAUAUAUUCACAGGGUGUCUUUGGAGGAAUUGUUCGUAUGAAUCUUCCCCACAAUCUCAUAAAAAUUAAAUUGAGGCAUGGCCUACUAUGUUUGAACUAGAAAAAAAAACUUUUUAUGCUGACGAGGUAGAAAGUUGGUGUCUUCGACAAAGUUUUAGAAAUGCUCAUAAUGUAGAAUUUUACUGAACAACUUGAACUUGUAGGACUUAAGGUUAUCGAUUUAUAAAGCGUUUUCUAAGGCAAUUCCCUUAAAUUUAGUUUUUUUUUUAAUACAGACUCGAUUUUAUCAGCACCCGAUCUCAUCAGCCUCCGAUUUUAUCUACCCCCGAUUUUAUCAGCUUUUUGACCCGAUUUUAUCAGCUUCAUAUGAAAAUUGAUAGUUGGUAAUUUGAUGGGCUCUAGUAGUUCUUGGGCAUAUAUUUCUUAUCUUAGAGAUCCGAAAAAUGCAAAAAUGAAAAUAUUUUUUUUUAAUUUUGCGCUAUCAGACUCCCUUAAGGGGAACUUAAAGUAAAUAAUCAGAAAAGGUUGCAAGGCUAUAUCUAAGGAACAAAGAAGAAUAUUUGAAAAGCUUCGCUUUAUUAAAGACAGAAAAAUAUAUGUCCCGAUUUUAUCAAUGUCCCUGUUUUAUCAGCUUAAAAUUCGCAUAAAAACGGGUCUUUACUGUAUUACUUUUUUCACUGUGCCUUUAGUGCAAACGAUGUUUCAGACAAAUGUUGGGAUAUUAAAACUACAUAAUAUUGUUGAAGACUGCAUGUAAAAAUUUAAUUAUUGUUGAAGACUGCAUAUAAAAAUAUUUGUUUAAGACUGCAUGUAAAAAAUUUACCUGAAAGAGUUAUUGAAGAAUUUAAAAAAAUUUUACACCAACUGCAACUGCGUAUAAGAGAGAAAGGUGAAAAACCAAAAUGGACGAGCGGGCACUAUUUUCAAUGUCCAGACUACGUAUAAUUAAGGUAAGAAGGUUUGGUGCGUGACACUCUAGAACCCUAUGAAUAGGGUAAGCUCAUUUUGUACUGUUUUUUUACUGUUUCCAUAUAAAAAUCAACGCAAUAUAUUUUUUUCGGUUUUUUCGUAAAUUUUUGUAAUUAAUGGUAAAAAAUGUUAAAAUCUUCAAUAACUUGUAAACGAAUGAGUGUUUUUUUUACAGUUUUCAACAAUAUUGUGUGGUUUUAAUACUUCCACAUUUAUUUGGAACAUAGCACGAAAAGUCACAGUGGAAAAAGUGAUACUAAAAAAACUAAAUUUAAAAGCAUUGCUGUAGAAAACGCUUAAUUAAUCGAUAACUUUAAGUCCUACAAGUUCAAGUUGUUCAAUAAAAUUCUUCAUUACGAGCAUUUCUAAAACUUUGUUGAAGACACCAACUUUCUACCUCAUCAGUAUAAAAAGUUAGUUUUUUUAGUUUGAUCGUAGUAAGCCAUGCCUAAUUUUAAUUUUUAUAAGGUUGUGGGGAAUAUUCUCUCGAACAAUUCGUUUAAAGAUACCCUGUGAAUAUGAUGGUUUGAUCUCUAGUAAAUUAAGUUCACGUUUUUGGGGCUUCCGACCACUAUGCAGCGGUGUCUUUUGAUGACUCCUUCUCGAUAACAAACAUUUACCCAAUUUGUUGUGCUGAGUCGUUCGGUUCACAAGACUAGGUUCAGGCCUCUGAAAAAAUCUUCAAAUUUUGAAGGUUUCUGUGCGCUUCUUUUAAAGUAAACGUUAAAAAAUCAGGCUGCGUCAUAAUAUCCAAAAGCGGGUGUGCGUCAGAAGUUCCCGGACUUAGUAUCACCAAUUUAUUUUCGGAUCUUAUGACGCACUCCUUGUGCGUCACAAUGAUAAAAUCGAAUCAAAAAAUUAAUAUAAUCGGAGGCUGAUAAUAACGGGUCGUCAAUGUAUUCGUAAAUUCGUUCAUGAUACCCAAUAUAAUCGUCACGACUUAUCAUUCGUGCUCGUGAGAUAGUUCACAAAAUCAUCAUAUAUUAGGUAUUCAUUUUUAAUUCCUAGUACAUGAUUUACGAUCUAUUUUGCAUGCGUGUGAUAUUUAGAAGAUAUCUCUAAUCAUUUUCAACAUGGUAAUGAAAUUUUCACGUGAGCUAUCACAAAAUUUGGAGUCCAGCUGCUAGCCAUUACUAGGUAUGAGCAGUAGAUAUAAGAAAAAUAUUGGGAGCUUGAACAUCGUUUUUCAUUUGAUAAGGUUCAGUAUGAUGUCUGAACAGAAAACGAAAACUCCGCUGAGCACUACAAAUCGUGCUCGCGAUAUAAUUCACGGAUCAAGAUAUCACGGAUCAGUCACAUUGGUAUGAUCCAGCUCAUAUUGUCACGUUACUCCGAGUAAUAAAUACUGAUAGCAACAAACAGAAUCUCAAAUUUGAUUGUUUGCUGUGUUAUAUUACUCAAAUUUGAAAGAGUAUUUUUAUGCAUUAUGACAAUUCAUAAACAUAUAUGUCUCACAUAUAUGAACUAAAACCAAAAAGCAAGACAUUUUCUCACCAUUUAUCUGAAAAUAAAUAGAACAGUGUGUAAAUAAACCGAACUAAUUCACCAGACCAUAAUAAUACAUAACACGAGACGCAUUGUUUUAUUUUAUAUCUUCCAAUUCAUCACACAACUGUUGAACUCCAUUUAAAUCACGUUUUCAGGUGAUUUUAACGGCUAAGGAAAGACAUCUGAAUACGUUUCUAGUUACGAAACUUGUAAAGUAUAAUUGGUCGGUGUUAGGUCAGACCGGACUAAGUGACAGUGAUUUCGAGAAAAACGCGUUUAAAGUUUGAAUCGCAGCAUCCUUUACAUUACAAUUGGAAAAUAUUUUUUUUCCAUAAUUCUUGUUUAUUGUAUCAUAUAUCAACUCUGGUAAAAGUGGAAUGUAGAUGAAGAAAUUCUUUAUCCAGUGCUAUCAUUAACUCAUUUUUUGAUGUUUUGCGACUUGGUCCGGUCUGACUUAACACCGACCAAUUGAGACAGAAAAAAUUAUGCCGCAUUUGCACCGUAAGUCAACUUGCAAUUAAUGUAUUCGACAGAUGUUUACCAAUGGAUCACAUAAGCAACUGUACUAUCAAUCUUAAUUAGUGCCAAAACACUAGCAUACCGAUAGCGUUUGGGGUGCGACAAAGCUGCUGUCUACACGUAUGCUACCCCUUUCUUACACAAGGUACAAGACACAUCACAGAUAUUUGCACAUAUUGUAGUACGUGCUCAAGAUCGUAUUGAACUUGAAAGCAACGACCUACCACAAAGUAUUGCAUCAUCCUCCAUUCAGUUAAGCGUUCAAGCAGAUUAUAUGUAAAUGAUUUAUGGAUAAUAAAAAAGUGCAAAAUAUCAA